GGUAACAGUACCGUUUGCUGAACUCGUGCUGAGCUGACUACAACACUACAACAAUGAGUGUAGCCAAGCAUGUUCGGCUAGUUUGAAUUGAAGUUUACUUCAGUGAAACUGCCCGUAACAUUCACCAUAUGUGCUCGUUGGGUUUCCAAAGCGCUUUAUUAAAUGGAGCUGGAGGACCAAUGGUGGAGAGGACAACUGGCAGCAGAUAUUUACCAAGCGCUACGGUACAAAGAGCUCAAGUUGCCAUCCUUCAAAGGCCAGUCCCCUCAGCUGAACUUGAGACGAUACUUUGCAGACCUCAUCGCCAUCGUCAGCAACCGCUUCAGGCUGUGUCCUGCUGCCAGACACCUGGCCGUCUACCUGCUGGACCUCUUCAUGGACCGCUAUGAUGUCACAGUGCAGCAGCUUCACAUGGUUUCACUCUCAUGUCUUCUGUUGGCCAGUAAAUUUGAGGAAAGGGAGGAUCGGGUUCCAAAGCUGGAGAUCCUGAACAACCUGGGCUGCAUGAGUUCCAUGAACCUGGUCCUGACCAAGCAGGGUUUAUUACACAUGGAGCUGCUCCUGCUGGAAACCUUCCAGUGGAACCUGUACCUGCCCACAGCUGCUCACUUCAUAGAAUACUGCCUGUCCAUAGCUGUCCAUGAGGGAGACCUCCACGAUGGCUGGCCUAUGACCUGCCUGGAGAAGACUAAACUAUACAUGGCCAAGUAUGCUGAUUAUUUCCUGGAGGUUUCCCUGCAAGAUCAUGUGUUUUUGUGUUUUGCCCCCUCACUGGUGGCUGCGGCGUGUGUGGCCGCCUCCCGCCUCAUCCUCCACCUGUCCCCCACAUGGCCACCCCGCCUGCAGCACCUCACAGGCUACACAUGGGAGAACCUCGUCCCGUGUGCUGAGAAGCUACUCAUUGCACAUGACAGUGAUGUCAAAGAGGCCAGCAAGCAGAAGUGCCAGCAGCCCGGCCAGCAGCAGCAGCAGCAGAUGGUGUACCACAGUUCAGGCCAGACAGCCACUGUGGCUCAGUACCUGCACCGGCCUGGCGUGCAGUAUCCUCAGCAGGCUAACCAAAGGCCUGCCUCCUACCUCAGCCACUCCACCACCGGCCUGCAGGCUCCGAACGGCCCCCAGCACGGCAGCACCCAGGCCAUCACCGCCUCACUGGAUCCAAAGUCCAACAUCACCAACAGGGCUUACCAAGUCAGCAUGCACUACACCUGUGCCGCGCCGUGCUUUGACAGAUGAUGGAUUUCUUCGUUUGUGGGGAGGAAGAGAAAAGAGGUGGCGAUGUGUUUCUCUUGAACACAACAGAAUACACUGAAGGGAAAAGCGUGUUUUUAAUUUGAAGAGACUUGAUGAGAUUGGUGCAGCACUUUGAACCAUAAGGUGUACGCAACGUGCAAUAUGCAUACUCUGCUGUAAUUUUCUGUGGAGAGCCUUCGUGAGGAUUUUUUUUUUUUUCAAGAUGUUUGAGAUAUCAGGAGUGAAUGUUGCUGUGAGCUGAUUAGAGGCAGAGUUUGCACCACUGUACCGACUAGUGUUACUGUAUAAUUUAGCUACAGACCAAAAGUCUUGUAUUUAAUUAAGCCAAAGUACCUCAGAAGUAUUGAACAUAUUUACCUUGUGCCUAGAGUCUUUAUGACUAUUACUAUGCUAAGUUAAAAGGGCAGUAACGAAAGGGAUUUACGUGGGUUUGUGGUUGAGAUAAGAAAGCACAGUUUGUUUGGGUGUUCUGUACCUUGAUUUCUUUUUUUUUUCUUUUUUUUUUUUUUUGAUGAGUGUCAUUUGUAAAACUAGGAAAGAAAAUACUCCUCUAGAUGUCACAAUUUAUUUGCGUAAUUGUUGCUCUUCUGUACACAGAGGAUUUCAGUCAGUGCUGUGCACUCCUAUGAUGAUAGUUUUAAAUUAAAUACAAAUCUGUGUUAGUUGAACUGAGAAAUCUCUCUAUUUUCUUUCUUUGAUAUGUCAUGAUAUAAAAUAGGUUCUGGUUUAAAAUUGGAUCUUAUAAUUGCUAUAUCAAAAUCCUUAGACAUGGGUGAUUGAGGACAACAUCAUGCAUCAACUUUUAUAGUGUCUGUGGGAGAAAACAAACGUCUUUUUAGUCAAGUAUUUGUACAAUUUUUAGGCAUUUCCAUUUUCUGCCACGUUCUACCUGUACUCCAACAAUUCAGAGGGAAAUAUUCUUUUUCAUUCAACUACAUUCAUCUGAUUGUUGGAAUUAGAUUAACAUUGUGCACAGUGCAGUCUAUUACUGGAUCCUAAAGUCUUAAUUUUUUAAAACAGGUGAAAAAAUCUGUCACAGAAGAGUGAUAAUUUCAUCUUGUUUUGACAGAAGUCAACUAGCUGAAUUUUUUUGUUGAUAUUACACUGAUAACAUCCAUGUAAUUUGACUAAAGUAAAACCUUAAAUGUAGGACUUUAACAUCUAGUAAAGAGCAUUUUCACAUUG